CCGCCCGGACGGGGACUGACCUGAGCGCGGGGCUCGCUGCUGGUCCCGGUCCCGGUCGUGGUCCCGGUCUGCGGCUCGUCCCGGACUCGCGUCCCCCUGAAGCGGACCUCUUCCCGGACUGAGCCGGACUCGGACCCGGAGGCUCCGCCCUCCUGCUCGGCUCGUGAGCUCCGAGCUGCGCCGGGAAAACGCAUCUCCGCUGCGCGGCGCUGCCGGCUGCCCAGACCCGGAGCAGACCCGCUCCAGACCCGCUCCAGACCCGCUCCAGACCCGCCAUGGCGGCCGAACCGUCCGUGCGCGUGCCCGGGAUCGUGUUCGCCUCUCUCGCCUUCCAGCACGUGAACGCGGACUCGGACGUGGAUGGACUGAUCCUGGGGGAGAGCAGGUUCGAUGAACAGGUCACCAUCAGUGACUCUCAGUCUGAUCUGAUCCACAUCCAGGAGGUUUACAACGUCCAGAAACAUGUGGCCUGUCAGCGAAUCAACAGGCUGUACAGCAGCAGUGGACAGGUGAACAUGGAGGAGCUGCAGAAGCUCGUAGACAAACAGGAGAGUGUGAUCGGAUGGUACCGGCAGCGCAGGAACUCGGAGCAGCAGAUGACCUUCAGGGAGAAGCUGGUCCAUGAAAGCCUGCAGGGGGCGCUGUCCAACCCCCACCUGCUCUUCCUGCUGCUGACGCCCAGUCAGGUGACCCCAACAGGCUCCACCCACAAGACGGAGUACUCCGCCUUCGUCUCCCGCAGCAGGCGCCUCCAGAAUGUGCCCGUCCUGGUCGCUAACCUGGGGCAGCUGGAGCAGCAGGGCUACUGGAAGGUGUCGGCGCCGUGCUCGGCCGCCGGCUACAGUUUAACCAUGAAGAAACACAGCUCCAGGUUCUUCUGCUCCGACGGCGGGCUGAAGGAAGUGACGGAGGUGAACCGCAUGAACGACACGCUGCAGGAGCAGCUGCAGGCGGCCUGCCGGGACCUGGAGCGCAGCGAGCGGCAGGUGGAGACGCUGCAGGCCCAGGUCUCGGCCCUCAGGACCGAGUUCAGGGAGAAGCAGCCCAGAGCGCCUCCGAAAGGUGUGAACCCGGCGUUCUCUCUGUGUUGUGGGGGCGGGGCAGAGCCCGGCGGCGCGGUGGUCCAGCGGAACAACGUGAUGCUGCAGGAGGCGGUCUUCGCCCUGUUCGGCUACUCGCCGCUGCUCCUCACCCAGACCGUCACCAUCGACGGGUUUCCCGUUCCGCUGGUCGACGUCUCCAUGGCGACGGAGGCGAAGGAGGGCCGGGAGUCCCCGGCGAGCACGGCCAGCCUCCGGAAGAGGCCGCAGGAGGCGGAGCCAGAGGGGAGGGACAGGAAGUGCCGGAGGAGGAGGUGCUGAUGGGAAAUGUUUCUGUUCUCUUUGUUAAUAAAGUUCAUGUUUCUAUU